AUGAGGAGGCACACGAGAAAGCAUCUGAAGGGAGGGAGGGGGUCGGGCGGCGGCAGGGGUAGCGGUAGCGGUGGAGGAGGAGGCGGUAGUGGUGGAGGCGGAGGAGAUGGUGGAAGUGGGAGAGGCUCUGGAUGGGGAAAGGGUAGGGGUGGAAGUGGGGGCGGUGGAGGAGGAGGCGGUGGGAGUGGAGGAGGUGGCGGUGGUGGAGGAGGUGGCAGCGGGGGUGGUGGUGGAGGAGGCGGACAGGGAGGAGGCGGGGGAUGGGGUGGUGGCGGCGGUGGUGCCAGGAGCGGCCGUUGUUGGAUUUGGGGCUGCGGUGGCGGCCACGGAUAA